GUCGGUCUUCCUGCAAGCCUACCUCGAGCACAAGGCGCAGAGAAUGAAGUGGAGGAACAGCAUUCCUGGCGGCUUGUUGCAAGCACACCGGGAACACAAGCGCUUGGUCGAAGAGUACCAGGUCGGGCUCCGCGUGAUGCACAAGGUUGUGCUCAUCUUUGGGGAGCAUUGGCGUCGUCAGUCACUGAAGCGCAGCUGUCAGGACACCAGCGCCGACGAUGAGUUUUCACCCUUCAUGUUUCCGCCUGCGGAUGGCGCCUAA